CACCCUUAAAUUCCACAGGAAAAAAAACCGAUAUUUAAGCUUCGAAAGGGAAUUAGAACCAAACUUGCCCUUCCCCCACAUCGUCUAGAAUCAGCUUCAGCUCCCUGUGAUUAAAAACCCACUGCCCUCCGCCGCCCUCUCUGUCGCAGCCUCACCUCCGACCUAGCGCCGCCCGGCCAAUUUCCGAUCUGGGUAUUCGAAAAUUUGGCCCAAAAUGAAAAGUCAAAUUCAGAGCCCGAAGCUAAUCCAAAUCCAUCUUAGUUUCUUCAACGUCGUCCCUUACGUCCUCCUCUUCACCGCCGGAAUCACCGCCGGAGUUUUCUUCACUUUCUAUCUCUCCAAUUUCUCCAUCAGCUUAAACCUGACUCAGAUCCCCUCUUCGAGUUUUUUUCCGGUGACCGGUGGCCGGGUGGGGUUGGAAGAGUAUUUGAAGCCGCCGGAAGUAAUGCACGAUAUGGAGGACGAAGAGCUUCUGUGGAGAGCAUCAAUGGCAGCCGAAAUUAAGAAAUUUCCGUUCCGGCGGGUUCCAAAGAUAGCGUUCAUGUUCUUGACGAAAGGGCCGGUGUAUUUGGCUCCUCUUUGGGAAGAAUUCUUUAAGGGAAAUGAAGGGCUUUACUCUGUUUACGUUCAUUCUGAUCCUUCUUAUAAUCAUUCUUUCCCCGAAUCCCCUGCCUUCCAUGGCCGCAGAGUUCCCAGCAAGAAAGUGGGAUGGGGUAAGGUGAACAUGAUUGAGGCAGAACGUCGCCUACUAUCAAACGCACUCCUUGACAUUUCAAACGAGCGAUUUGUUCUCCUCUCAGAAGCUUGCAUUCCUCUCUUCAACUUCUCCACAGUCUACUCCUUCCUCAUCAACUCCACCAUGAAAAGCUUCAUCAUGAGCUAUGACGAACCUGGAAAUGUCGGCCGCGGCCGAUAUAGGAACAAAAUGUUCCCACCCAUCUCCCUAAAACAAUGGCGAAAAGGCUCACAGUGGUUCGAAAUGGACCGAGACACCGCCAUAACCGUUGUCUCCGACAAGAAGUAUUUUCCUGUCUUUCAGAAUUACUGCAAAGGCCAAUGUUACUCCGACGAACAUUACUUGCCAACCUUGGUCAAUGUUUUAGGUUGGGACAGAAAUGCCAAUCGAAGUUUGACUUGGGUUGACUGGUCAAAGGGUGGCCCACAUCCUGUGAUAUUCUCGCGGUCAGACAUCCACGUGGAGCUUUUUCAGAGAUUAAGGAAUCAAACCGAGUGUACGAAAACUAAAAUGGAAGGGACAGGUGUCUGCUUCCUAUUCGCUAGAAAGUUUGCUCCAAACACAUUGGAAAGGCUGAUGAAGAUUGCACCAAAAGCCAUGCACUUCGGGAGAUAGAUAGAUUAGAGCAAUUGAAAUUUAUUUGUUUAUUUAUUUAUUUAGAAUUAGGUUAUAUAAUUUAUUCAUAUAAAUUUUGAUUUUUUAAAA